AUGGGCUCCAUCCUCUUCUCCGUCACCACCUUCUUCUUAUCCUUAGCAAACCUCGCAAGUUGCGAGAGAAUCAACCAUGAAUUCAUCUAUCCAAACCACACUUCUUCAUAUUUUCAAUUCAUCGAUGCCAACGGAGUCUUCUUAAGAUCUCGCAAUGGAACCUUCAAUGCCGCCUUCUUCAAUCCCGGCAGGCAGCAAUCCAAGUACUACCUCUGCAUCCUUCAUUCCACUUCCCAAACCGUCAUAUGGUCAGCUAGUCGUGAUUCCCCCUUCUCCAAAUCCAUCCGACUCUUUCUUUCUCCCCAAGGCAUCGCUGUCACCGACAAAAUCAGCAGCGGCGCCGUCACCGUAAAAUGGUCAACGCAGCCGUUAAAUUCAUCCGUUGCAGCAAUGCAACUCACCGAGACAGGAAAUCUUGCAUUGCUCGAUCAGUUCAACCGUUCUAUUUGGCAGAGCUUCGAUCAGCCCACCGAUACUAUUGUGAUCGGUCAACAACUCCCGGUCGGUAAAUCCUUGGUGAGUUCUCUCUCUGAUUCCGACUACUCAUCUGGGGAUUUCCAAUUCUCGGUUGAUACUUAUGAUGGAUUACUUGAAUGGAAAGGGUCGAAUUAUUGGAAGAUUUCGAUGGAACAGAAUGCUUUUGUUAAUUCAAAUGCUCCGAUAUCGUUCAUGGCCUUAAAUGGCACUGGACUUUAUUUUUAUGGUGAAAAUGGAUCUGUAGUUGUGCUUCAAGUGAUUUUAUCUCCAUCGGAAUUCCGAAUUGCAAAAUUAGGGUUUGGUGGACAGUUCACUAUCAGUAGCUUGUCUUUUAGGUCAACAACUUAUGAGUUUAUGGCACCAAAAGAUAUUUGCCGAAUUCCUUACAUUUGUGGCUUAAUUGGGUUGUGCACUACUGUUACUUCAUCUGGGCAAUAUUCAUGUUCAUGUCCUUCCGGGUUCCAAAACAUCAAUCAAGGAUGCUUCCCAUCUGAUGCCUCUCUUUCCUUGCCUUCUGCUUGUAAUGACACCGAUAGUGUUCAAUCAUCGACGGUAUCUUACACUAGUCUAGUUUUUUGCAAUCCCAACUUCAGUUUUCUCUUAGAUUUCUUUACGGUUGUUUUCCUUAUAAUUGAGCACAGCUCUGAAGUGAGACCCUAUAAGGGAGCUACUGGUGGGUUAUGCACGGCUGUUUUUAUCUUGGAGGUUGAUUCACAAGAACCCAUUUGCAUUAUAAAGUGA